AUGUAAGGAAUAUUCCACCAAGGAGACUUUGUUGUUCUUUCUUAAUUCUUCCCUCCACAGAACAAUGCUCUUAUAUUCUCCUACACUUCCUUCUUUCCUACGACCGUUUGCUAAAAAUCGUAACUACUUGCAAUUUAUGAUAAACCAAUAAAAUUCCCAAAAAACAUCUCAGAAACGUUUCGGAUACGUUUCGAGCUUCAAUCACCAUAACCAUUGAUCUUGGAAGAGAGAGAAAGUAAUGGAUAAUGGUGGGUCGAGCUUUUCUCGGUCAUUAAUGGCGGCCACCAUGUCAAAUGUUCAAGUUUCACCGUCCACGUCAUCAUCAUCUUCUUCUUCUUCAUUUGCUUCUUCUUCGAAUUCAUCCUCUAUUUUCACCAAUAUUCCUUUGAUUUCUGCUCUUCUUGCUUUUUUUCUAGCGCAAUCAAUCAAAGUUUUCACCACAUGGUACAAGGAAAGGAGAUGGGAUCUUAAACAGCUGAUUGGUUCUGGUGGAAUGCCGUCAUCCCAUUCUGCCACAGUCGCAGCUCUAGCAGCUGCCAUUGGGUUUGAAGAUGGUUUCGGAGGUUCAGUUUUUGCAGCUGCAUUUAUCUUUGCAUGUGUGGUCAUGUAUGAUGCAACUGGAGUCAGGUUACAUGCUGGGAGACAAGCAGAGGUGCUUAACCAGAUAGUGUAUGGACUCCCUGCUGAACAUCCUCUUGCAGAGAGUAGACCACUGCGGGAGCUUCUUGGCCAUACUCCUCCCCAGGUCGUUGCUGGUGGAAUUUUGGGACUCGUAACAGCUGCUAUGGUUUGUAUGAUUACCAGUAUCGCUAGCCAUAUUUCACAAUAGAACAGUAUCAUCAUUCAUCACGUUUCAAGCCGCAACUGAAAGUAAAGCUGCAUAUAUGUCCGCAAAGUUGGGUAGCAUCAAACUUGGAUUUCUGAAAUUCUUUUCUUUGAAUGCAUUUAAAUUCUCUGUAUUCAUUAGACAAGUAAUUUUGUUAGAGAUUAGAGGUGUCUGUUACACUACACUAGAUGAUCAAUUAUUGUUCAGGCAUCUAAAUAUACACAACACCUAGGACUUGCUGCAGAAGGAUGGCAAAUGUUAUAACUUUGAAGUUGGACCAAAGGGUGUUACCUAAAUGUAACUGUGUAAUGUUGAUGGAAUAUAUAGACUUUUCUGGGA